GGAAAAACUUGAGAAAACGAAAAGGGAGCGCGAAGAAGCUGCUACAGGAAAGGCCGCACUAUUGGAUUAACAUGAUGAAACCUAGGAGGCGAGCGGUGCAGACUAAAACUGUUUGUUUCUGCAAACCCGUCACAGCCAAAAAGCACGAGACCCUAUAAUGUUACGCACAGAAGUAGUGAUGGAGAAGUGAAAGAAAGAUGGGCACCAAUCCGUCGCCACCAAGCGCGCCGCCCCCGACGCAGCCAUCGUCAGGACGGGGCGCAAAGCCGGGUCCACCGCCUCCGGAGUACCAGUUCCAGUGUGGAGCGUCAGCGGGAGGCAUCGAGCGGUCACUGCUUGCAAAAGCGAAGGCUUUCGGCUUCACAGAAAGUGGCAGAGAGCACUACGGAGAAGAGCAAUCGAAGAGGACGGCCUCCUACAUACCCGGAAGAUAUGCGGAAUACCAACUCGUGCCAUUAGUCGUCUUCAUCGCGAUGCUUCUGCUGUGGAUCCACGCAACAUACACAUGGGGGUAAUCGUAAUCUCAAAGAACAUCCUUGAUUUUUCGACAUGUCGAGCUUCGGAGGUCAACACGCUGGUGAAACUAUACUGCUCAAGAUGAUGUAGCUGUAACAGGUCGUCAAGGAAAGAGUCGCGCAGUCUUGAUGUUCCUACAUGAAAAGGAUAGUCUCUCUUUUUUGUUCAUCUUUUCUCUCGUCUUUCAAAGCGGCGUCCUAUUUUCUCCAACACCACAACUACAACUUCCAGGUUUCUCACGACGCUCUUCGUGGCCUCCGGGAUCAUUGUCGUGAAUUUGCAGGUUGCAGUAAGCAAUAUGACUGACAUGGAAUCACGACCACGGCUUUCCCACCUGAGUAUCCUGUGUCUUCCGGCUACGGUCUUCGGGAGCUGCAUUAUAUGAGUUGUAUGUAGUUGACUUUCAUCUGUUAUUGAUAAGUACCUCUACUACCGUAGUAAAGUAAGUCAUUCUGAAGAUCAAGCUCAAGCUGUGGUUUGUUUCUUGGAGACCGGUAAAGUCAGACGAACUACACUUAUUAAUAGCCAGCUCAUGCGAACUGCAACUCAUUUCAGAUUCAGUUCUAUAUGGACGUUUCAGAUUCAGUCAUCUUGAACCUGGUGAAUAACAAAGAUUCCUCGAUCCAAGAAUGAGCAUUGUACGUCGUUCUCUACUGUUCGCCUGCCUUCUCUCUGGUCUUCUCUUCUAAUAUGUGGCCUGAUUCUCACGCAGGGCUAUUUUUACAGCUAUCAGGCUUUUUUGGACCGAAUGCAGUAUGUGAAAAUACAUGCCGAUCAUCCCGCAAGCGGUCUCCACGAUGCCGCAGGAAUAACAUUUGAGACGGAUGUCGGCCCGGAUCUUUCUAUGGUCGUUGGCCUGAAAAGUGGGGGUACGACCUACUGCGUAGCGCCCAUAAUAAAAAAGGGGACUCCCCCAAGUUCACAGCCGCCAGUGCAGUUCUGGGCCGUCGGCAUCGACUGUUGCGAAUACAGGUAUUUUGAUAAACUAAGAAGAUCGAAGUAAUGUAAUUGUACCUCUUCUACCUCAAUUUCCCAAAUCCAUGCUAUGCAGAGUUCGAAUCUUCAAACCAUGCUCAUCCAAGAAAGAAAGUAGAAAGCUUCCCGAAGAAAGGUAUAAGUUCCAGUGCGGAGACGUGAGUAGUUCGACUGCCCGUGGAGGUGUCGUGAUACACGAUUAUAGUGCGGAAAUAAUGGAGCUACUGCCGAUGAACUCACCUGAAAAGUACUUCUAGCUUCAUACGUUUGAAUGUUCUCGCACUCGCGCUCGCCCAAUACUACUAGCAUAUAUACCUGCAUGUUGGAAUUACAGAGCUGCUCAUGAAGGCAUUCUCUCUCUCCCCCGCAGUCACUUGUUCGGCCAUUAUAACGAAGACUCAGAAAUCAUCUGACUGGGGCUGCUCUGAGGAAACUUAUAGAUUCCGAUGAUACCAUUGUCGUUGUGGAUACUCUUCUUGUUUCACAUCCACCAUACAACAAUUUUCAGGUUUUACCGCAAAGCGCUUGAUGUGGCCACCAGUUUGUAUCCCGUAAGCACGGACUCCAAGGAAGCUAUUCUCCUGUCUUGGACAGAGAACGCCACGGACGACAGCGGCAUUUGGUAUGAGGGGUUCUACAAUGCGAUGGCAGCCUCUUUUUGUUUUGUCUUCUUCAUUUUCCCGGUGGCUUUCAUUUUGUCAAGUCAGCACCAAAUGGCGGAAAUACAAGCGGAGGAUCCGGUAGCCGAGUCUCGCCGUCGCAGACAAGAAGAACUCUAUUCAUCUCCAGGUGGACCGAUGUAGGGAGUUUAAAGAGGUGACUCGUAUCAGCACAUCAACACGUGAAUCAUGGACGGAAUCCGCUUUCCGUACAGCUGAGGCAUUGUAUCCAGAAGAGAUGACAUUGAACAAGACAUGUGCCACCUUUUCGAGAUUGCGAAACGCAAUUAGAAACUUUGAAAAUGUUAUAAACAAGAAUGUCGCGACGUUGAACUGAAACUUCGCGGAUGCAUGUGGAGUUGUA